AUGUCCUCCGAAGAGCGCCUCUUCCGCUUUAGCAAGCCAGCAUGGCUCUCCAGCGUGCAAGCCCGUAACGCAGGCGUGUACCUGGCCGGCGGUCUCUUCUCCCUAGCAUUCUACAUCCUCCUCGACUCGGCCGUCUGGUCGGCCUCGCCCCGCAACGCCUCCCCCCUCCACGUCAACUUUGUCGACUGGCUGCCGUUCGUCUUUUCCUCCCUGGGGAUGCUGAUCAUCAACUCGGUCGAGAAAUCCCGGCUGGCGUCGGAUAGUUUCUCUUAUUCCGGGUCGGGGGUGGCGUGGAAGGCGAGGGUGGUGCUGUUUCUGGGUUUCGCGGCGCUGGCGGGCGGGAUGGCGGGCGGGGUUACGGUUUUUGUGCUCAAGUUUGUCGUGCCGGGGGUGGGAAUGCCGGCAUUGGGGAUGGGGGUUGAGAAUGUGGUUGCCAAUGCGCUGGUGGGGGUUAGCACGGUUGUUUUGUGGGUGAGUCAGAAUAUGGAGGAUGAGUAUGCUUAUAAUUUGGCGCUUUGAAUGGGAGAGGAAGGGUGGGGAAGAAUGCGGGGGGACGCUGAGUUGCAGAUGGUGGGAAGCGGAGCGAAGAGGUUUAAGGAAGGGUAUGCUGGAUUUUGGGGGAGAUGGCAGAGGCGCAACGGGUUUAGGUAUAAUGUGGAUUAUGAUCUAUCUGUUUUUGGUUCGAGGCACGGGUGGUAGUGAUACCUAUAGGUUGCUUAGGGAUUUAUGCUAUUGGCUUUUGAGGUCUCUGAUUUCGAUAUGAGCUUUUGAGCGGUUGGGAGGUCGAACGCUGUUGAAAUGGUCGUUAAAGUGGGAUAAAUCAACAACCGUCAUUGACAUCCAGGCAAGUGCUGUUCUGUCAGCGCCGAUACUCCACGUCUCAUCAUACUUAAUUAAGUAGGUACACUUCCCACUGCAUUCUAUGGACGAGACAGUUGGUUAAGUCUGAUGGGAAUGAUGACGGGUCAAGAAGGGAUCUGUGGUUUUGGUCAAGUUAAGCCCCCC